AUGGCGCGCGGCAAAAAUGUCGAAGUCAGCGAGUAUGAGCGGAAACGGCAGGAGAACAUUGCAAAGACGCAGGCGCUAUUGCGCAACCUCGAGAUGGAGGCUGCAGAAGCCGGUCUGGGUCCCACAGGCAAGGCGAAGACCUCUGUGCCAUCAAGACCGAAAGUCAAGAAGCCCGCGCCUAAGAAGAUCAAGCAAGAAGAAGAAGCGCCACGUAGAACUUCCUCCCGCUUAAAGGGCAUUGUGGCAGACAGCGAGGUCGCAAAGCGCAAAGCCGAGAAUGAAUACGUCGCGAUACAAGCAGCUGAUCGCGCAAAGCGACAACGCGUUAGUGAUGCCUUCAACUUCAGUGACAUAGUCGUAGCAGGCAAGGACUGGAAUCGGAGUGGGAACUUCCUCUCUGUCGGCCCAGCAGAUCCGUACGCACGCACAUUUGACUACAACGACGUGAAGGAGACCACCGACAAGGAAUUACGUGCCCUACGAGAGCGCAUGAGCGGCCUAGCCCUCUGGGAAGAUUUCGAGCCGAACGAAAUCAAGAUCACACCCGAGCGCAUAUACUCCAUGGGCCUCCACCCCACAACCGACAAGCCAUUGGUGUUUGCUGGUGACAAGCUGGGGAACCUGGGCAUCUGUGAUGCAUCGCAGAAAGUGGCAGAAGUCAAAGUCGAAGACGACGAAGACGCGGAUAGGGAGGGACCGACUAUCACGACGCUCAAACCGCACACACGCACGAUACACACUUUCCAAUUCAGUCCUCAUGAUGCAAACGCGCUAUACACGGCAUCCUACGACUCAUCGGUCAGGAAACUCGAUCUGGCAAAGGGCGUCGCAGUCGAAGUCUACGCCCCUCGUGACAAAGACGAAGAAGCACCCCUUUCCGGUCUGGAAAUCAGCAAAGACGAUCCUCACACCCUGUAUUUCUCCACGCUCGACGGCCAAUUCGGCAUCUACGACAUGCGCGCUCCGAGCGAGAAAGCAGCGGGACUGCAAAUCUUCCAGCUGAGCGAUAAGAAAAUUGGAGGGUUUACUUUACAUCCGCUACAUCCACAUCUCGUCGCCACUGCCUCCCUUGACCGCACAUUGAAGAUCUGGGACCUACGCAAAACUACCGGUAAAGGAGAAAGCAGGGCCCCCGCGCUAGUUGGAGAACACACGAGUAAACUGUCCGUAUCGCAUGCUGCGUGGAAUAGUGCGGGGCAGGUAGCAACUGCGUCGUACGACGAUACAAUUAAAAUACAUGACUUUGGAAACUGUGCGGAGUGGAAAGUCGGUACGACGGUGGAAGAAGAGGCUAUGGAACCGACGGCUGUGGUGCCGCAUAACAACCAAACAGGCCGCUGGGUUACUAUCCUCCGAGCACAAUGGCAGCAAAACCCCCAAGACAACGUCCAACGCUUCUGCAUCGGCAACAUGAACCGCUUCGUCGAUAUCUACACCGCAAAAGGCCAGCAAUUGGCGCAGCUGGGGGGCGAGGGCAUUACGGCUGUGCCGGCGGUGGCCAAGUUUCAUCCGACGUUGGAUUGGGUGGCGGCGGGGACGGCGAGUGGGAAGUUGUGUUUGUGGAUGUAG